AUGAGCAUCAAUAAGGACCUGCUUGGUCUCGACAGCCAGGAGACGCUACCCGUGGUGUCCAUAUCGGCCUCGCAAUCUCUCAACGCCUCUGCUGCCACCAGAGUCCCGAUCAGCACGGGAUUGGCACGUCUGGACGAGGCGCUAGAUGAUCUAGACCAGGGGUGCGCGGGCAUCCUGCGCGGGCAGGUGGCCGAGGUAUUUGGGCCGCCAGGCGCGGGCAAGACCUCUUUCGCUCUAAACAUUGCAUCGCAAGCAAUUCGCGAUGGCGGAAAAGUCGUCUGGAUCGACACGGGCUCGCCCCUACCGACCCACAGACUACAAGCAAUGACAUCCAACCUGGACAACAUGAUCCACUUCCGGGCACAUACACUACCGCACCUUCUAGCACUACUAAUGCGUCCACCAAAGGGGUUCCCACCGGAAGAAACCUCCCUCAUCGUCAUCGACUCUGUAUCGUGUCUCUUCCCAUCUUACUUCCCCAACGCCGCAGAACUCAAAGACCGCCUAACCCAAGGCAAAAUCACCGACAAGGCUCAGCUGCAAUGGCUUCUCAAUCGGAAAUGGAAUGUCGCUAGUGAGCUGGCUACUCAUCUCGCCCGCCUUGCGGCUCGCAAUAUUGCCGUGUUGGCGAUCAAUCAGACCCACACUAAGAUCAAGGGCCAGCCUCGCGCGACUCUGCAUCCUGUUUUGGCGGGUGGUGCCUGGGAGACUAAUGUGCAGACUCGCAUUGUCUUGUAUCGCGAUCUUCCUAAUGCGAGGUUUGCGGAGGUUACCAAGCGUGGUGGGAAGACUCUGCCUGUUCGAAUGCCGGAGUUUAUCGUGCCGUUUCGAAUCGAAUCGGACGGCCUUUACGAGGUCGAGACAAAAGACGAGAUCAAAUCACCCGACCCUACACCCAGCCGCAAGCGCAAAGCAGAGAAUGAAAUCGCCGACAGCCAAGACGAAGGCUCAGAAGGGGAAUACGAAUGGAUGGAAGAAGCCUUGCUCGAUACUAAUUAA